CAAAAUUGUUUUAUCAAGACUAAGCACUGCACGCAUUUGUAAUCGACUUGUUCGUCCUAGAUCAGAGCCUUACCACCCAGCCGACCGGGCUCGGUGAGACUGGUUCUUUUAACGGCCGCCCGUCAGAACUUUCUGAAGUGAAUUUCACUCGCCAACCGUGACUAGACAGGAUUACACCCCCUCGGUUACGGUAUCCGCGAUGGCAGACUCCGCUGUUCAGCCAGGCCACGGCCUUUGGGGAGAAAAUCCUCAAGGUGAUGUUGUCGUGUCGGAUGCCAUUGAGGAAUUCCAUGAGCUUGGACGACAAUUAACGACAAAAUCACGCCUUUCGAAAGCAGAAGCCCCCCGAGACGAUGCUGCCAGUGGUUCGACACGUUGGUCUAACGACGAGUUUGAUCUCCCCGAAUUCCUUCGAAAAGGCAUCAUUGAUGCCAGGACACCCAACGGAGAUCCGGCGAAAAGGCUCGGCGUUUCCUUCAAGAACCUCACCGUUCGGGGUGCUGAGUCUUCUACAGCAGCCGUCAAGACACUCCCCCGAGCCAUUCUCAACACCUUCGGGCCGGAUCUAUGGACUUUCGUCCGCGACAAGAUCCCCGGAAUGAAGCUCAACAAAGGUCCCACGGUCAAUCUUCUCCACGACUUUACCGGCACUGUUCAACACGGCGAGAUCAUGCUCGUUUUGGGCCGGCCCGGAUCUGGAUGCUCGACGUUUCUCAAGACAAUUGCCAAUCAUCGUGACGAGUACGUCGCCGUGGAAGGCGAAGUGUACUACGGGGCCAUUUCGGCCGACGACCAAAAACGCCACUUCAGAGGCGAAGUUGUCUACUGCGAGGAAGACGAUCGGCAUUUUCCUUCACUGACAGUUUGGCAAACGCUCUGGUUCGCGCUGAAAAACAAGACGCGGAAGAAGGAUGAGUGGACGAUUCCCGUGGUUUUAGAUGCCUUUCUGCAAAUGUUUGGAAUCGAGCACACGAGACAGACGCUUGUGGGCGAUGAACACAUUCGUGGCGUCUCUGGUGGAGAGAGGAAACGAGUCAGCUUGGCUGAGACUUUGGCUACACGAGCGUCGGUAGUUUGUUGGGAUAACUCGACCCGCGGUCUCGAUGCAAGCACAGCUCUGAGUUUCGCCAAGGCCCUCCGUGUCUUCACGGAUGUCAGCCAAAGGACAACCCUGGUGACUCUGUACCAAGCUGGAGAGUCGAUAUACGAACUGAUGGAUAAAGUCCUGGUCAUUGACGCCGGACACAUGCUAUUCCAAGGACCCGCCGACGAAGCGAAGAAGUAUUUUGAGGACCUGGGAUACCAGUGCCCUCACAGACAAACUACAGCAGACUUCUUGACUUCCAUUUCGGACAAGAACGCGCGACGCUUCCAACCUGGGCGGGAGGAGACGACACCAAAGACACCCGAGGAGCUUGCACAAGCAUUCCGACAGAGCUCUCACUACCAGAGACUCCUUGCUGACGCCCAAGGAUGCGAGGGCGACGGCCGAGGCAUCGAAAACGAAAAGCACAGGACGUUCCAUGAAACUGUCCAACAAUCCAAGUCCAAGCAUGUCACGAAAUCCUCCUCUUUCACGAUUUCCUAUCCGCGCCAGGUCCUCGCCUGUCUCCACCGUCAAAUCUGGCUAUUCUACCACGAGCGCAGCUCAUUCUACACCAGACUGUUCAUCAUCCUCAGCAUUUCCAUCAUCGUCGGAUCCCACUUCAUCGACAUUGAUUCGAGCGCUACCUCCUCUGCCUUUUCCAAGUCGAGCAUGGCCUUCUUCGCUAUUGCGUUUGUUGGCUGGCUCCAGUUCGCUGAGUUGAUGCCGGCGAUUGUUGGUCGAGUGACAUUGCAGAGACAGCGAGAGUUUGCUUUCUGUCGUCCGUCGGCUAUUGUCUUGGCUAGAGCGAUUCUAGACUUGCCCAUCUUGUUUGUCAUGGUCGUCUCGUUGGCCAUUCCGUUCUAUUUCCUGGCACGGUUUGACGUCGACGUCAGCAAGUUUUUCAUCUUCACGCUAUUCGUAUACGUCGUGUCCUUCUCCCUUACGACCAUGUUCCGCAUGUUCGCGGCAUUCUCGAGCACUGUAGAUGAUGCAAUCCGCUUUGUCGGUGUUUUCAUGAACAUCAUGUUCAUCUUCACUGGUUACGUCAUCCCAAGAAGCACGCUCCUGAGCGAUGUUCCAUGGUUUGGUUGGUUCACUUACAUCAACCCCGUUUCCUAUGGAUUUGAGGCAUUGCAAACAAACGAAUUCAAUGGUCUCGAAAUGUCCUGCAGCGAAGGAAACUUGGUUCCCCGCGGUCCAGAUGCGCAGACCGGAUAUCAAGGUUGCAGUCUGCCAGGAGCCGCUGCUGGCAGCACCCAAGUUGAUGGUCUUUCUUACCUCAAGGUCUCAUUUAACUUCCUUCGGUCAAAUCUUUGGCGCAAUUUCGGCAUUGUCAUCGCCUUCACCGUCUUCUUCCUCAUCCUCAACGUGGUGGCGGUUGAGAAGAUCAGACUCGCAGACUCCAGCUCCCAGUCAACCGUCUUCGCGAAGCCCCCGAAAAAAACAAACCCAGACGAACAGACCCAAACCGAGACCGACGAUACGUUCGAAGAGAUUGGUGAUGGAAAGAGCGUCUUCACGUUCAAAAACAUCAACUACACAGUCCCCUACGGCUCCGGUCAACUGCAGCUGCUGAACAGUGUUUCCGGGUACGCCAAACCGGGGAAAAUGGUGGCGCUGAUGGGAACCUCUGGUGCUGGCAAAACCACUCUAUUGAAUACCCUCGCCCAAAGACAAACCGUGGGCGUUAUAUCCGGAGACAUGCUCGUUAAUGGACGUCCCCUUGGCGAAGAGUUUCAGCGGGGGACAGGCUUCUGCGAACAGCGAGACAUUCACGAAGGCUCGUCUACAAUCCGUGAAGCGUUGGAGUUCUCAGCCCUAUUGCGUCAGGAAAGUCACGUUCCUCGCAGUGAGAAAAUCGCCUAUGUCGACCGCAUUAUGCACCUUCUCGAGUUGAACGACCUGGAGCACGCUCUUAUAUCAUCCCUAACUGUCGAGCAGCGCAAACGUGUGACGAUUGGUGUUGAGCUCGCCGCAAAACCCUCGUUGCUCCUUUUUCUGGACGAACCAACUUCUGGCCUCGACAGUCAAUCCGCCUACUCCAUUGUUCGAUUCCUCCGCAAACUCUGUGACGCAGGACAAGCCAUCAUUUGCACCAUUCACCAACCCUCAUCUGACCUAAUUGAGCAGUUUGACAUGAUUCUCGCCCUCAAUCGCGGAGGAAAGACCUUCUACUUCGGCCCAGUUGGGGAAAACGGCUCCAUUGUUAUCGACUACUUUGCUGCCCGUGGAUUUCACUGUUCCCCUAACCAAAAUGUGGCUGAGUUCAUCCUCGAAACCGCAUCGAGACCGGGAGUCAAUGACCAGGGAGUUUCGGUUGACUGGAACGAAGAGUGGCGGAAGAGUAAUGAGGCCAAGGCGAUUGAUGACGAAAUUGACAGCAUCGCGGCUGAAAAGAGAAACAUUGUCACAUCCGACAAGAAGCCAACCAAAUUUGCGGCUUCAACGUGGUAUCAAUGCGUGUUGCUCACCAAGAGAACUUUUAUUAAGCAUUGGCGUGAGCCACAUUACGUAUACGGUCGCCUCUUCAUCCAUGUAACAAUGGGUAUCAUCAGUGGCUUUACCUUCUGGAACCUGGGAAAAGACGUCGCCUCUCUACAGAACCGCAUGUUUACUGCCAUCAUCUAUCCUUUCUUCGUCCCACCCUCGGUAGUUAACAGCGUCGUUAUCUAUUUCUUCCGCAACCGAGAUCUCUGGGAGGAUCGCGAGCUACCAAGCUGUACCUAUGGCUGGGUCGCCUUUUGCACAGCCAAUGUUUUGACGGAGAUCCCGAUGUCCAUCGUUUCUGGCACACUAUACUUUCUACUGUGGUAUUUCCCGACUGGCCUUCCCGUGACUGCUUCAGUCUCAGGAUAUGUGUACUUGAUGACCAUUCUAUGGUCUCUAUUCAUGGCUAGUUGGGGUCAGUGGAUCGCUUCGUUUGGACCGAAGUACGCAUCGAUUUCGAAUAUUCUACCGUUCUUCUUCUGCAUCACUGCCCUUGUCAAUGGUGUCUUUGUACCAUACUCAGCACUACCGGGUUUUUGGAAGUAUUGGCUGUACUACAUCAACCCGGCGACGUGGCUUAGCAGAGGUUUACUCUCUACUAUAUUGCCUCUUGUAUCAGUGGCAUGCAGCGAACCCGAGUUUGCGCAUUUCGACCCGCCGCCUGGCCUUAGUUGCGCAGAGUAUGCAAGCUCUUUCGUCGAAAACAUCGCCAAGGCAGGAUAUCUCCAAGACCCUAAUGCGACGUCUAACUGCGGAUACUGCCCUUACAACGAUGGCGCGGAGUACAUGAAGACCCUGAACAUACAUGCCGGCGACAAGUGGCCCUGUCUUGGGUACAUGGUUGUGUAUGUUGUAUUCAACUGCUUCCUUGUAUACCUCUUCAUCUACACAGCCCGUAUCAAGAGGUGGACACUUGGAUUUGGAACUUUGUCAGGGUGGAUGAGGGGUUUGAAGAACAAGAUCAGGCAGACAAAAUCUGAUCAGGGAGUUGAUGAUCAAGUAUAGACCGAAGUACUUGAAUGCCUUAAACAGAAGGUGCCGUAAUGAGUAGACAAAUUGAUACAAAUAGACAAAUUGAAAAUUGAUACAAACACAAAA